AUACUUAAAGCUUUCGCUCCUUAUAUUUCUAAUCUCCAUAUUCGGUUUAUUGAUAUUUUGUUAAGAGGUUAGAAUUUUAUUGUUUUGUUGUAAGGUGAAUUUAAUGCCGCUAAGCUAAAGAAAUGGCACAAACUAAUGGAGCUAAAGUCGUACCAUUACUCGAGGAUUCUGUUGAGUGUUUAUUUUUUUCGGCGCAUUCAUCAGAUGGUUAUGAUUGGGAUGCUUUGUGUUUGCAGUUGAACACUUGCAUACAAAGCUUGUCCACCAAUUACAUUUGGCACAGGGAUGAAUUUAGGGUUCAUAGACCGAUUGAGUAUGCUUCCAAAGAAGAUAUACCUGAACACCUUGCUAGUAUCACAUGUUUCGGUGAUAACAUUGAGGAUGAGUGGUUCAUUGUGUACCUAGUACUAGAAAUAACUAAAAAGUUCAAGAAUUUAAUAGUACAAGUCCGAGAUGAUGAUGGUGAAUUCUUGCUUAUUGAAGCUGCAGAUUAUUUACCUUCCUGGGCAAAUCCUGACAGUACAGAUAACAGAGUAUUUAUCUAUCAAGGCCAAAUUCACAUAAUACCUCCUAAUCUUCAAAGGGAUGCAGAAUUAAAAGAUGCUCUUCAGAUGAUUGCCAAUUCAUCCAAUAAAACAGUGGCAUCUAAUGCAAUACAACAGUCAAUAUUAAACAGGAUUGGAAACUAUCCUGAGAAGAUGCACAAUCUAUUUCAUAGGACUGUUGUCAAGCUACCUGUGGAUAUUGCUGCUUUAAUUACCCUUAAACCUGCUCUCAUCGCCCCACUCGUAAAUGCAUUCUGCAAUCAUGAUGUUCUAGAUGCAAAAGCUUGUAAAAGCAUUGAAUAUAAUGAUUGUGUUAUUAUGGGCAUUAAAUUUACCAAAUGUUUAUAUGCCAUGCUAAUGCAUGCUAAACCACUUAAAAAUAUUAACUUUAAAGAAAUGAAUGACAAGAAAUGUGUUAUUGGUCACAAAUUGACUGCUGGAUAUCAAAUUCUGAUGAACAAACCUAAUUUAGAUAUAUUUUCAUCAAAACAGUACAAAAACUUUAUGAGCAAAUUGAAUGCUAGUGGAUAUUUUAAAAAUAACAUUGAGGGCUCAAAAGACUACAAUGAACUAUUAAGAAAUGCUAAAGAAUUUUAUUCCAUUAUGGAAUGCCCUGUAAAUUCACAAGUGGCCAAUGAAAUUUCUAACAUGAAAUUAUCUAUAGAGUUUGCUCAAACUAGAGAAGACUUGUUACAAAAGAAAUCAACAGGAGAAGAAUUCAAACUAGAUGAUGAAGAUUGGCUCAAAAUUGAUCCAGAUCAAUUAAAUGAACUGCUGGACUCAAGAUAUGGUAAAAGAACAAAAUUUAAUGAUAAUGAUACUUUGACUGCAAAUAAUGUAACAUCAAAGUUGUCCUCAUUUCUCAUGAAGACAUCAGAUUUUGAAGGUAUUGAGACUACUAAAGAUGAUUCAACCGGAAAUGUAGAAUUGGAUCCAGAAGACUUUGUCAAUUCUGUUCAGAAGAUGUUAGACAUGAUUACCAUUGGUAAAGAGGCUUCUGAUAGUGAUGAAGAUAACUCAAGUAGUGGAGAUGAUAUGGAGCAAGAUGAUGAAUUAGAAGUGGUCACACAAGCUGGGUUACAAGAUAACAAGACCAUAUUGAAAAAUAUUAUUCAAAGUAUGAAAGAAGAAGGACUAUCUGGACCUUCCAGUAAUUUAUUGAAAUCUGUUGGGGUCAAGAAGACAGAUUUAUUGGACUCUGAUGAUGAUGAUGAUGAGUGAAGUGAAAUUAAACUAUAUGUGUACCACACUAAAUAUUGUAUAAUAUUAACAAUAACAUGCCCAUAAUCCAUAACCUAAUAUGGUGCUAUAUUACAGCACUAGUUAGGUAAUGAGCUUGUUACGCAACUAUGUCAAAAAUUGAAAAGUUUUUAAACACAUACCAAUUGUGGCAUAAAAUAGGUAAUUCAUGUAUUAGAUUAUUUAGGUAUCUUAUCUAUUCGCAGGGCAUGUAUCCAUGUAAUCUAUUUAAAUGAAAUGAUGUAUCUAUUAUAUUUAUUAGAUGUUGUAUAAUGUGUCCUUGGUCGAAGAUAUUGUUUUGCAGCAUUAUCUGUAUUUAAGGUUUUUCUGUUACUUCAAUUAUAUCUGAACCCAAAUCAAUUUAAAUACUGAGAAUGCAUUAUAAAUUUGAGUAAGAAAAAUCUGAAAAAUAGAUUAGCAGCCUUUAGAUAGAUGUCCCUUAAUAAUACAUAAUCAUAUUAAUAAAUAGAAUAACUUAUACAUAUAUCAUGGAGAACAAAACCAAAUAAUAAAAUAUCAAGUAAAAUUCAAAUUGUCUCAGUAUAACCUUUGAUUUUAUUUCCACAGCCCAAUAUUCCACAUAACGCCCACACCAUACUCACAAGUAAUACGUUCUUAUAAACUAUAAAAUGCGUUAAUAUAAAAGCUUCGAAAAUAUUAAACAAACCAGCACACCCACCUCUUUUUUCUAACGGAAGUUCAACUAUUUUACCGCCACUUAUCUGCUGGUAAAGUGGGAGUGCUCAGACUAUAUACAACCUUUUCAAAUAUGCAAAAUCCAUACUAAUACUAUAAAUGGAAAAGUGUGUGUGUCUGUUUGUUUGUCCGUCUUUCACGGCAAAACGGAGCGACGAAUUGACGUGAUUUUUUAAGUCGAGAUAGUUGAAGGGAUGGGGAGUGAGAC